ACCAACUUCUCCCGCACUCUCCCACGAAUAUAUGAGUGCUCACGAUUAUUCCCAACCAGCGGUUGACCUCAGUCCAUUCUCUCCCAAAAUGCCCGACGACGAUCCUACAAAGCUCCCCACUCCCUCGGCGUGUACCGCUGACUUCUGCCUCAUUCCCAUUGGCACGCCGACGGCCUCGGUCUCGAAAGAGGUCGCCGCAGUGCAGCGCCUGCUCCAGAAGUCGGGAGUGAUAUACCACAUGCACUCUGCGGGCACAACGCUGGAGGGUUCGUGGUCACAGGUCAUGGAGAUUAUUGGUCAAUGUCAUAGCUUAUUGCACGCGAACGGAGUUGUCCGGAUCCAGAGCGAUAUCCGUGUUGGCUCGCGGACAGACAAGCGUCAGACGGCGGAGGACAAAGUAAAGGCUGUGGAACGCUUACUCCAGGGGGAUGAGGCUGCGUAAGGGACGUUUGGAAGUCGAUUUGUGCGCAUAAGCAUGCGCCAAGGGAGUUGAGAUUGUGGAGUGAGGUAUCAAC